UGCUAUUGCACAAGUAUUAUAUCAUGUUGAUAUGAAGAUUUACUUAUAAUAAGCGCGUUAUUCCCGUUUACAUAUUUUUGUGUUGAGGUCGGUCAUUGAUAAACGACUUUGUGUUAUUUGUGUAGAAAAAUAACAAAUAAUAGUGUGUGGAAAUGGCGCAAAUGAAAAGAAUUUUAGUUAUAUACACCGGAGGAACUUUUGGAAUGCUCAAAAAUGAGAAAGGAGUUCUGGUGCCACAAAAGAACAUAGAGCAGGUGGUCAGGAGGCUGCCUCAGCUGCACGAUGAGGAAUACUGGACGGAGAACUUCGCCAAUACUAAUGUGAAGGACUAUCUGGUAUUACCCGACGGAAAAGAUACAGAAUUGAAAGUACUGUACAAAAUUUACGAAUAUGAAGAACUGAAGGAUUCCUCUGACUUCACACUCGAUGAUUGGAUCAAAAUGGCCAGGGACAUCAAGAGAUUUUACCACGAUUAUGAUGGGUUCGUGGUACUGCACGGCACUGACACCACGGCGUACGGUGCUUCAAUCCUGUCGUUCAUGCUGGAGGUGGUGGGGAAGACUGUGGUGCUGACGGGAGCACAGAUACCGAUAUUCCAACCCCGAAGCGACGGCAGCAACAACUUGCUCUGUGCUGUUCUGAUCGCUGCCACGCAGCACAUUCCUGAGGUCACUGUGUUCUUUGGGUCUAAGCUCUUCAGAGGUACCAGGGUGAAGAAAGUAUCGAAUACACGAAUUCACGCAUUCGACUCGCCAAACUUCCCCCCGCUCCUAGAAGCCAAGACCACCUUGGAUGUGGACCCGAAGAUGCUGAUUCACCCUGCAGGGUCGGUCCCUAACGAGUGCCGAAUCCACGAUAAACUGUCAAGAAAGGUGUAUGUGCUGAAGGUUGCUCCUACCAUUACUCCUGAAGUAAUAAGAGCUGUAUUUGACAAUAUGGAAGGUGUAGUACUAGAAACGUACGGCAAUGGGAACAUGCCGAUCAAACGCCGCGACAUCUACAGAGAGAUCGAGCGAGCCGUGAAGAACAAUGUCCUAGUGGUCAACGUGACGCAGUGCUUCAACGGGACUGUGCUGGGGAAGGCUAUCUAUGAGACUGGACUGCUAUUAGUUGAGUGCGGCGUGGUACCCGCGUUUGACAUGACCUCAGAGGCGGUGCUGGCUAAGCUGUCCUACGUUUUGUCCAAGACAGAGCUCAGUUAUCAGCAGAAAGUCGAGUUAAUGAAGACAAAUAUCCGAGGCGAACUUUACAACCCACAACACUAAAAUUAUGCAACAAAAAUGGCCGAUUUGUACAUUAGAAUAAUUUAAGUAAUAAAUAGUUAGCAAAUAAAAAAACCUAUUCGAAG